AUGGAGGAAGCUCAAGCUAAAGCGCCUCGUAAGUACUCCAACACCACACACUGCUCCCUCCCUCCUCGUACCCCAGCUGGACGCGCCAACACCCCAGUACUGACGCCACGCCUCAUCCCCCUUUCUCCUCUCGCGCUGUGCUCGUCCGUCCCUCGUCACCCGCUCACUCGGUCUCUGGGCCCGCUGCUGCGACCACCUACAGCCGAAAUGAAGGCUGUCGCCGACUUCCUUCGCAACAAGUCGGGGAUGAAGGUGCGCACGGGGGCCUUGUCGGGCAAGCGCGCCGACUACUUCAAGGGUGAGCACACGUCGGGACAAGGACGGACCACUUUGUCCACCUCCAUACGGCCUGCAUCCAUCAACACUGACUCGCAUAUCAACCAACCACGCCAACAACCCUCCAGGUCGAUCGGCCAUCAAAGUGUUGCUCUCCCCAGCCUACGCCAAGCUCAAGACGGUGCCCAAAGUCAAGGACGAAGCCGCCGCGAUCGCUCUGCUGCACCAACUGAUCCCUCACACCUUCUACCUCCGAGUCGAGCGCGGUCAAUCCGUAUCCGGCCAAUCAGGAGGACCUCGUCUGAUCCAAAUCGUGCCCCAACAACUCUUCGCCCCGGACGAGUACUACGUCUGGUUGAUGGACGCCAACCCGAUCCGUCAAUUGCUCCUCGCCGCGGCCAUGGUCGCCGUCGUCCUCGGUGCGGUCAUGUUCCCCUUGUGGCCGGCCAAGUUGAGGGUCGGCGUCUGGUAUCUCAGUGUCGGACUGUUGGGCUUGAUCGGCGUCUUCAUCGCUUUGGCCGUCGUGAGGUUGAUCUUUUGGAUCAUCACCAUCGUCGUCGCCAAGCCCGGCAUUUGGAUCUUUCCCAAUCUCUUUGCCGACGUCGGAUUCGUAAGUACUUUCUUUCCGAGGAACGUCUCUACGGAUGGAUUGUGUCGAGGCUUAACUUUGCACUCGCGUCUUUGCGCAGGUCGACUCAUUCAUCCCCCUGUGGAGCUGGGACCUCCCCCCACCCAAGAAGCAAAAGAGCGAAAAGAAGAAGGCCAAGCGUGACGCUCGUGAGAAAGCAGGGCGGGAGAACGACCAUGGCCAUUCCCACGACGGACCUGAUGGAGGACAUGGUGGUGGGGGUGGGCAUAGUCAUGGAGGGGUACCUUGUGGUGGGCAUGGUCAGGGACCCGAGGUCGAAUUGCAGUUCGAGGAUCGACCGAGGAUCGAGGAGAUUGUAGAGGAUUGA